AUGUCUAAACUCAUACCUGAUAUAUUUGCUUUAAUAAUUAAAGCGUUGGAGGAUGAUUAUAAUACAUUAUUUAAUUGUCUUUUAAUGAAUAAACCUUGGUGUGAUUUAACUAUACCAAUAUUAUGGAGAAAUUGUAUAAAUCGUAAUUUAAAAUCAGGACCUUAUGAGAAGAAUAUUUCACUUGUUAAAAUCCUUCUUACAUUUUUAUCUGAAGAAUCAAAAAAUAUACUUAUUAAGAAUGAAAUUAAUUUAUCUUUUAUACAAACACAAAAACCAUUAUUCAAUUAUAUAAGUUAUUGUAAAACUAUCGUUACAUUUGAUGUAACAGAAGUUAUUAAAGAUUAUUUUGAUCCACCACUUUCAAGAUUUCAGGCAAAGAUUUUGGAAGAAGUAUUUUAUGAUAUGAUUUUUAAAAAAUGUUUUAAAUUAUAUCGUCUUAACAUUUCUCAUAAAUUAUGUUACAAGAAAUAUGAUAUAUUGAAUUUCAUAAGAUUAAAAGGAAAUCUAUCCAAUAUUGUUGAAUUAAUUUGUGGGCAGCAUAUAGAUGAAAGAUUCUUUCAUAUCUUGGCGGAAAUUUGUGUUAAUAUCAGAAAACUUGAAUUAAAAGAUAGUAAUAAAAAUAAUAAUCAAGGAUUAAUUAAAUUAAUUGAAGCUCAAAAUAAAUUAGAAUAUUUCACUUAUAAUGGAAAUGAAGGACGAAACUGGGAUAAUUUUUGUGAGGAGAUAGGUCAAGCAUUAAUUAAACAUAAGAACACACUUAAACAUAUUCAUGGCAAAACUCGAUUAUGUAUUCCUCUUACUAUAUUAGAUUCUUUUGUAAAUUUAGAAACUUUAAUGUUAGGAUAUUUCACGAGAACUAUGAAUGGUCUACAUUCAAUUAAAUUACCAAAACUUCAAGGUCUUAGGGUUUGUCACCUUACAGAAGUAAAAGAAUUAAUCCAAAAUACAAGCGGUUGUCUUAAAAGAAUUAAAAUUCAUAAUCAAUUUGCUAAUAAUAUUAGAGCAGAAGAUAUUAUACAAAUCAUUAUAGCAAUAUAUCAAUAUUGUCCAAAACUUGAAUACUUUUGUAUUCCUUUUGUUGAUACGAUCUAUGAUUCAUUAGGAGAUCUAUUAAUUAAUUGUAGCCAAUUAAAACAUAUAAAAAUAUAUGAUGGAUCUCUUAUUGAUGAAUCAUUAAAUGGUGAUGCAGUUUUAAAAAUUUUAUUAAAAUCAACUUCAAAAAAUUUACAACGUAUUGAAAUAAAAGGUUCAUGGAAAUUCUCAGUUGAAGCAAUAGAAAAAUUUUUAAAUAAUCUGAAGGAAAGAAAUUAUUCACUUUAUUUUGAAUUUGAUUUAAAUCGUAAUUAUUUUAAUAAAGAAUUUUCAAAUGUAAUUCAAAAUUUUAUUGAUGAUAAUGUUCUUAAAAAUAAUCCACUUAAUUAUCUAUAA